GCAUGCUUUGUCUAUUUAAGAUCGGACACCGCUUAUAUAAGAGAUAGCUAUACAGGUGUAUGGUUUCUAUCAAAAGUGUAAGGCCAAAUUGUCCUCUCUGCGAGCCUGGGAAUUGUUUCUUAACUUUCGCUUGAGGUCAGGCAUACUGACCCUUGAAGAAUGCAUAAGCCAUAAAUUAAAAUGAACACCUCAUCCAAAGCUGAUCCAUUUAGAGACAAUAUGCAGCUUGGACAAGCAGACGCUUUUUAGUCUCUGAGCUCGAAAACGGUGCAACGAAAUACACGACGUUCAGACUGAAAGACGUUCUGCCCGUGGAUUUGGGGAGGAACCUGUGUCUUUGUGAGAGUAAAGAGCAUUUCCUAACUGGAUCCUGCAAGCAGAAAUAUAGACUACCGACAGAUCGCAGACGAACGCUUAUGGUGCCAGUCAUUUUCAUGCAUUCAGAAUCAAGUCACCAGUGAUCUUUGGGAGCUGGGGAUCAAGUCUUUCUGUUUACAACCCAAAUGCUGAACAUGGAAGGCUUUCUUCGUAGCAGCUUUUUACUGAGCAGAAUCAUGUCUUCCAAGCAAGCCACUUCUCCGUUCGCCUCGACCCGUGACGUAGGCGAGGAUGGAGUGAAUCAGGAGAGCAUGUCCUGGGAAAAGGAGGAGAACUUGGAGCCGCUGGCCGCCACUCAGCUGCCCCUCCACAAUCUGCUCCACAACAAACCUCCUCUGGAGGAACUCCAGCCAAUCAGCAGCAGCGUGCCGCCCGAAUCCGACUGGGACAGCUUGAUGUCGGCCCAGCAGCGCAUGGAAUCGGACAGCAAUAAAGUGUGCUCCUUGUACUCUUUCCGGAAUAAUUCUACCUCUCCACACAAGCCAGAGGAGGGGGCCAGGGAGCGCGGUGACCUACUGAGCAGCUCAGCCUUUGGAACUCCAGAGCGCCGCAAAGGAAGCCUGGCCGAUGUGGUGGACACACUGAAACAGAAGAAACUUGAGGAGAUGACAAAGACAGAGCAAGACGAAUCCUCCUGCAUGGAGAAACUCCUUUCUAAAGACUGGAAAGAGAAGAUGGAGCGACUCAACACAGGCGAACUGUUAGGAGAAAUCAAAUGUACUCCAGAGAGUCUUGCAGAGAAGGAGCACCAGCUCUCCACCAUGAUCACCCAGCUUAUCAGCCUGCGAGAGCAGCUCCUCUCCGCCCAUGAUGAACAGAAGAAACUGGCCGCUUCGCAGAUGGAGAAACAGCGUCAGCAAAUGGAGCUGGCACGCCAACAACAAGAGCAGAUUGCCAGACAACAGCAGCAACUUCUGCAGCAACAGCACAAAAUCAAUCUUCUUCAACAGCAGAUCCAGGUCCAGGGUCACAUGCCUCCGCUCAUGAUCCCCAUUUUUCCACACGACCAGCGCACUCUGGCAGCAGCCGCAGCGGCCCAGCAGGGCUUCCUCUUCCCCCCAGGCAUGUCCUACAAGCCCGGUGAUAACUACCCAGUGCAGUUCAUUCCAUCCACAAUGGCAGCUGCUGCAGCGUCAGGACUCAACCCUCUCCAGCUCCAGCAACUCUACGCCGCCCAGAUGCCCAGCAUGCAGGUCUCUCCAGGAGCCAAGAUGCCUCCACUCCCCCAGCCCCCCAAUUCUGGUGGGCCCAUCUCCCCGUCUGGCUUGAAGAACGAGAAGAGGGCCUCUACCCCUCUCACUCAAGUAAAGGAGGAGGGAACACAGCCUCUCAACCUCUCCGCCCGGCCCAAGACAGCUGAGAUGGUCAAAUCCCCCACAUCCCCCAUACAGAGCCUCUUCCCCGGCAGCAAGAGCAGCCCAAACAGCCUGUCCAAGAGUGGAGGUAUCCCCAGCCCCAUCGGAGGAAUAGGCCGUGGCUCGUCUCUGGACAUCCUGUCCAGCCUGAGCUCAACAACGUUGUUUGGAGAUCAGGAUGCAGUGAUGAAGGCCAUCCAGGAAGCGAGGAAGAUGAGGGAGCAGAUUCAGAGAGAUCAGCUACACCAUCAUCAGCAGAGCAUGGAGGCCAAACUGUCUGCCCUCACCAGCAUGGGGCUUAACAACUGCAGGGCUGAUAAGGAGAGGUCUCAUUACGACAGCCUGAGCCAUCACCUGGGUAAACUAGGCGAGGAUGGAAAGAUCGGUCACAGAGUCAUCGACCUCACCAGACCAGAGGAUUUUGAAGGAGGCGCCAGCACUACCGAGGCACGGGUCUACAGGGAACCCCGGGGAAGGAACAGCAACGAACCUCACAUUAAACGGCCCAUGAACGCCUUCAUGGUCUGGGCCAAAGAUGAGCGGCGCAAAAUCCUCCAGGCCUUCCCAGACAUGCACAACUCCAACAUCAGCAAAAUCUUGGGAUCUCGCUGGAAGUCCAUGACGAACCAGGAGAAACAGCCAUAUUAUGAGGAGCAGGCGCGGCUCAGCAAAAUCCACCUGGAGAAAUACCCCAACUACAAGUACAAGCCCCGGCCCAAGCGCACCUGCAUCAUCGACGGCAAGAAGCUGCGCAUCGGCGAGUACAAGCAGAUGAUGAGGUCGAGGAGGCAGGAGAUGAGGCAGUUCUUCACUGUGGGGCAGCAGCCACAGACACAGAUUCCCAUCAGCACCAGCGCCGGUGUUGUCUACCCUGGUGCCAUAACCAUGGCGACCGCCACACCCUCCCCUCACAUGACAUCAGACUGCUCCAGUGCCUCGGCUAGCCCCGAGCCCACCAUCCCCGUCAUCCAGAGCACCUUCAACAUGAAGAUGGAGCCCGGCAGCAUGGUUCCCAACGACUCAGUGAAUGGAGAGGAUGAGAUGGACAUGUACGAGGACUUUGAGGAUGAGCCCAAAUCGGACUACAGUAGUGAGAAUGACACACAGGAGCAAGUCAGUGCCAACUGAGGCAGCGAAGAAUAUCCUUUUAUUAUUGGGAAUACUGAAGAACACGGAAAAGAAAAAAUAACGAACAAAUCUGAAAUUGAAAAACUUGUUUCUGAUGAUAUACCUUUUGGGAGCCAGCAUGCAGAUGUGGCUCCUGCAGAUUUAACAGCUAUUGGUCUUAAGUGUUUCUCAGAGUGUGGAACAAUUUGAUUGUGUUUUAUUUUGGCUUUUUUUAUUGUUAUUUUAUUAGUUUUUUUUUUCAUGUGUUUUGAUCAUGAACAAUUUAAGGUAUUUCCUACAACAUUUUGGAUAAUAGAACUUAACGAUUGAAACAUUUCAUAUGAAUGCAUAACACACAGUCUUACUUCAAUUCACAUAAAUUUACACAUGUAUGUGUUAAACUCUUUUUUAUUUCUUUUGAAGCGUACAUUACUGUUUUUGAUGGGGUUCGAUAUCUCACUCAGGUAUGCUGUACCAGCAAACAGCUCGUGAAUGUUUUUAAUCAGAACUAUUUAAACUGAAAAAGACAACAAAACUUCAUUUGACAUUUCAUAAUGCGCUAAAAGUCCUUACAUUUGCUGAACCACAGAGGGAAAGCCUACAACUCCCCAUUAUUAUUAUUAUUAUUAUUAUUAUUAUUAUUAUUAUUAUUAAUUAUUAUUAUUAUUAUUAUUAUGUUUAAAAAUGUCCAGAUGUGCCAAACAUAUCAUAAGCUUCCUGCUCUUAAAUCUUAAAAUGUAAUGUCUUAAGGGAGAGACCUCACGAGUCUUAGACAAUCCUUACAAAAUCACAGAACUUUAAAAGCCCACAUUUUUCUCCUCUCCAAUGACUUCCAAGUUAAAUUGCUCAGGAACUAAGAGUGUCAUAGUUCUCCGGGAGUUUGAAUGCAGUGAUCGCCCAACAAGCAGCCUCUCUCGGCCCUCUAGUUCGGUCUUACCCUCUCAGUUCUUAAUCACACUGAUUGUAAUCAGGCCAGAAUGCCAAGGGGCCAAAUGGCAUCCAAUCUGCAGAAUUGGACAGGCAGUGAAAGGCAGCUUUGGUGUAUUACAAUCACAAAUUGCUGUUGUACAAUAUGCACAUGCACAUUCUGCUAAACUCUUUAGCCCCGUUUUCUUAAUUGACAGAAGAUAGUCUUAAAGCAGUGCAUGCCCUUUGGGCCUGCAGUGUGUUCAGCAUUAAGUCUUAAGAGAACACCCAGCUUAUCUGGAUGUUUUUGGCCAGUUAUUCAGAAAAACAAAAGAAGUUGUAAAGAGCAAAAUAUGGCACUUAUUUUACAAAAAAAUUAUUUUGAAAAUUGAGUGGAUAUACAUACUGCCUAUGUACUAAACUGAAUUAUAUUUAAAUCUAAUUAAACAUAUGCUUAAACUAGUAGACUUGCAAAAGUAUUAAGACAAAUCUGUUGAAUGUGGCAUUUUCAAUAAUUUUUCUUGGAUUGGAUCUGUUUUGAGCACUUGAAAAAGAAAAAAACAAUUAUAACAAUAUGUUUAGACUCAUUCUAACGUGCCCUUUGUAUUCAAAUAGACAGUCCUGCAGCUCAGCUAAAUCAUGCUGUUGUUCCAGCGGUAGAACUCCGGUUAUUUCCGUGUGGAAGGACAGCCAAAAUGCAGCUAGCGGUCAGGGCCUCUUGUUUUAGACUUUGGCCCUACUGAAAGCUCCAGCAGGGCUUGAGCGCCAUUCACCUCCAUUCACCUGACCUCUGCCCAGUGCACACCCUGCCCUCCAGGGGCUGCCAUCUGGCUCCCAUUAUCAGCCCAUGCCCAAGAGAAGGUACUAAACAAUGGAGAAGAGGCCCAUGUGGUUUAUUGUGCUCUCUUUCCAUCAAAGUGUAUGCAAAAGGCCGCAGCCAGAAGCAGCCCACGAGGUGCUAGCGAGCAGAUGGAACAAGUAGAUCAAGCUGUGGGGAUUAUCAAAAUGACUGACGAGUCUGUAUCAUCUGAAAUACAGCAUAAUUAAUGCAUGAGUCCAGCUAUUUUCCUUUUGCCCUUGAACCUGCCUGUUUCAUCAGUAACCCAGAGAUUAGAAUAGACAGGAAAUGUCACAGCGUGGCUGCUGGUCACUGCAUUACCUCCAAAAGUCUAAAAGGCACCAAUGUGUAUUUAGCACUUAUUUCCCCCAGCAGUUGAAGCAUUAACUCUUAUACUUAGCCCACCUCUUUGAAAAGCAUUUACUUAAUUCACAGAAGUUUUUAGCACUUCUCUAGAAGCUUGUAUUCGUACCUUUAUUUUCUUUCUUUUGUUUUAGUUUGUUGUGAUUUUUACGAAAGGUACAUUACUUGGCUGGAUGUCCCUUGAUAUUCACAUUCAGUUUGUUUUCUUCCCUGUUUAUAAGCCAACGUUUAUUUUUUAAAGCUGUUAUAUCUGUUUGCUGGUGGAUUGGUUGAUUUGUACUUGAUUUGUACAUAUUUCCUUGACCAUGCCAAGCCAGUUCUGUAGGCUGGUAUUAGACAAAAGGACUGUUGUUGGGACUGAAACUUGAUUGCGCUUGUAUAGGUAAAAAAAAAAGAAAGCAAGAAAAAGAGACAAUUUUAAUCUCACAUGGAGACAAUGAUUCUUAAGUGUUACAAGCACUGGAUAUAAAUGGUAUUUUUUAUCAAUUCUGACUAAUGUGAAGCUGUUGUGCAAAAAAGAAAAAAAAAUCAAAAAGGUCACCUGUUUGGACUCAUGCGUGCACGCCUCACAGUUGCCAGAUUUGAGUCAUUUUUCUCUCUACAUAUUUUGUUAAUUUAUGCAAAGACACGUGAUGAAUGAACAGUUUGUUUAAGCUCCAAUGCUGCCUAGGGGAGACAGAGCAGUAUACUCGAUGGAGAGGCUUGUGUAGUGACUGGCCAGACACACCAGACUUCAUUAUCAAAUUUGAAUGGUCAUGUACGUUUGUGUUGUAUAUUGUAGUUGAAGCUCUCUAGUGCAUAUAGACAUUUUAUUGUAUUUAUUAGCCAUUGUUGGCUCUAAAAGUGUCAGUAGAACAUAAUUAAAGGACAAUCAGAGAACAAGAAUAAAAACAGUGAAAUCUGAAACCGUAUUGGAAGCUCAAAACAAAGUUACUUUUUCUUUUUUCUUUAAAAAAAAAUACAAUAGUUCUCCAUCUCAUCAGUUUUAGUUUUCUUUGCAUUGUAAAUAUAACAUAGGAAAAUAGAAUUCUAUUUUUGUUCACGGAUACUUGUACUGAAGUAUAAAUUAUGUAUUUUACUUUUUUUGUGUGUGUAUAUUGUUGGUAAUUGUAAAAAAUGAUAGAAAGAAAGAAAGAAAUCACAAACUGACAAUUCACUGUACCUCAUGUAGUUGCUUAAUGCACAUCCCUGUUGAUCGAGUAGUUAGACAGACAGCUGAGACACCCGGGCAUCUCACUUUCAUGUGUUUCAGUGAUGAACCUCUCACUCCUUUUAGCCAGACAUUUCCUAUUAUAUUCAGGUGUCCUUCUAUGUUGUAAGUGCAUUCUGUAGCAAAGGACAAAUCUUGAAAUUAAUGUACUUAAUAAUUUUUUUCUUCAUAAUUAUUAUAAUUUUUUUCUAAAUACAGAGGUACUUGCUGAAGUUUUAAUAAUUGGUUAUGUGCCAAAUUUGGAUGAAAGCUUAUGUAAUUAAAGGGCAGCAGUUGUGGCAUAUCAUACAGCUUCAUUUGUAAACACAUGCCAGCAUAUUGUCCAAUGGGGAUGUGCAAAUAUUUAUUUUGUUUUAGUUUUUUUUUUUCACACUGCACAAUACAGACCCAAUGUGUGCAUUUGAGUUUCUCAUACAGAAUUUUGCUCUGUGUUGUUUCAUAGUGUUUAAUAGAACAUUUCACUUCCAGUCAAAAGCAAUUAAGUCAAUAAUACAUAACUUUCACUGCCAUAUUAAUGAACAGUAGGUACAAUAACUGAGGACAAAGCUUGGGUGUUUAUGCUUAUCUUACUGUAAUGCUUUUGUUUUGUUUUGUUUUGUUUUUUGGUAUGGACUUUUGUGAUGUAUAUUGUGGGAUAGUUUUUGUUAAUUUAAUCAGCACAAUUCACUGACAUGCUGGACUGAUAUGCUAGCUGCUGUUCAGAAGAAUUCAAUUUUGCUGUCAGGGGCAACAUAUCUUGUUGGCAAUGGUACUUUGCUUUUAGAUUUCUGUAGUCCCUCAAGAAACACUGUGUGUGGCUCCUCCGUCACUAGGGACGCUCUUAUUUUUAAUUCUGCUAGCAGCCUGAUAACCCUUUUUUCUUUCAUUUUGUCUUUGUGUGUGUGUGUGUGUGUGUGUGUGUGUGUGUGUGUGUGUGUGUGUGUGUGUGUGUGCGCGUAGAGACAGGUUUCUUAGCAGGUACAUAGACCCAUGGCAGGUAUGCAGGCAUUAGAAAUAGUAUAUCUGUUGCUGCUUUUUUUUUUUUAUAAAGUUUAAAUUCUAAAAGUGUAAAUAGUUUAUCACAAAAUCUUGUACAGUCCAGUGUAAAGUUUUUAAUUGAACUUUAAAAAGGUUGCCAUCAUAUUUGUGUUCACGUUCUUCUUUAUACAGUAAAAAAGACAGCUAUUUGCUAAGGAUAUUAUUGUUUAAAAAAGAAAAAAAGGUACUAAAAAUAUUUUUGCUUGGCUUUAGUAUGUGAACCAGCAAGUUAUUGGUUUCCAUGUGCAGUAUUGACGUGAGGUAAACUAAUUAAUGCUACAGUUGUAUGUCCAGAGCCAGUCUUCUCUGUAAUGGUAGUAUUAUUAUAACAAAUAAAUAAACCAGAUGAGUGACACAUUUAGGUUUAUUUAGACACCUUAGUGGAUUGUACAAUAGAGGUUGUUCUCCCCACAAGCAGCAUUUGGCAUAUUGUAAUGUAACACAUUUCUACAGUAUAUUCUCAAUUCACUGAUGUACGACAGCAGAUGAGGGUGUUCCUGCCUGUUUGCUUAUUUACCUCAAGAGUUAUUCUUUUUCCAUAAAAGAUAGAAUACACACACAUCUGACAAAAUCGUCUCACCAUCACUCAAUCUUUUGUACUGCUGUUCACACUUACAAAUUAA